AUGCCUUCGUUAUUAUCAGAAUAUGGUAAGAAAUUCGAAGAUUGGAUGGUGGAGAUGUUCUACCAGUAUGGUCUAAUCCUCGGUAAACAUCCAUUCUGGUUUUUGUGCGGCCCAUUAAUUUUCACUGCCUGUUGUGUACCCGGUUUAUUUUCGUUGAAAAUCAAUCUUGACCUCUAUAAGCUAUUCGUUCCAUUGGAUGCACCGGUGCGCUACGAACAUGAGCGGAGUUUAGUAUUUGAUAAGAUGCCGAUGGGGGAUUUAACAAAGAUUAAAGAAGCGGUAUCUUCGGGACAAAGUGCAUCUCAUCAACAACGACGACAGCCUCGUGAAAAUAUACCGAAAAAAACUGAUAUUCUUCGAUUCUACGUCGUUCAUAAAAACUUCGAAAACCUAUUGCAAUCGAAAUAUCUUGGACCUCUCUAUGAAUAUACGAUUACGAUGAUGAAGGUAACAAUGGAAUUUCAUGGCAAACACUACGGGUUGGAGGAUUUUUGCUACAAGGACUCAGAAUGCGACAAUUCACUUAAUCUUUGGAUAAAACAUGCAAAUAUCCUAUUCGAAGAUGGGAAAGUGAAAACGAAUCCAAAUCUUCAGCUCUCGUAUCCAGUACUCUACUUAUUCAACCGGCCAAGGGACAUUGGGAAUGUGAUUUAUGGUGUAGACGUUAAAGGAGAGAAAAAUGAAAUUCAAGGAGCACGAGUACUCACUCUACACUGGUUUUAUCCGGGAACACCGGAGAAUGACGCUGCUUAUUACCAGUACAGAGAGACCGUAAUGGAUUUUUGGAAAGAUGUGAUGAAAGAGACGGCUUUGGAAAUCAUACCACAUAACGAUAAAGCAAUGGAUGACGAAAUGAUGAAAAUCAUCGAGACCACGGUGCCAUUUGCUGUACCGGCUACCGUAAUGCUUAUGUUCUAUGUGGUAUUUGCAAACUGGAGUUCUGUUAAACAUAAAUCAAAGCCACUUGAGAUGUAUCUUGGUGUGUGGACCGUCAUUUUGGCUCUGAUAUGUACAUUUGGCAUCUUCUUUUGGUUCGGUGCUGCGUUCAAUCCCGUGACAUCAACUAUGCCUUUUCUCGUUUUAGCAGUCGGUAUUGACGACGACUUUUUGAUGAUCGCGGCAUGGCGUGAAAUUGAUCGACGUGUUCCGGUUCAUCAAAAAAUAGCGCUUGUUAUGGGCGAUGCUGGCGCUUCAAUUACUGUUACCUCGUUCACCAACUUUUUCUGCUUCGCACUCGGAUACUACAUGUGUUCUACUCCGGCGGUUUCCGAGUUCUGCUUGAUCACGGCAUGGGCUGUCCUCAUUGACUAUCUUAUGCAGGUUACCAUUUUCGCUGCAAUUCUGUGUUACUCGGGAAGAAAGGAAGAUACCGGAGGAUUGGCUUCAUGUUGUUACAAGAAAGAGGAUCAAACACAAGCCGAAACCGCUUCGCCGCCAAUCUUUCUUUUACGGAAGAGUGUUCUUAAAAUCCUCUGUUCAGUACCGUACAUGCAUAAGUUCUUUGGUGAGCGUUUUGCUCCUUUUAUACUCCGUAACGACGUCCGAGUUAUCAGUUGGAUUCUAUUCAUUGCAUAUACAUGUUUAGCACUCUAUGGAUGUUGUAAACUAAAGGUCGAUAUCAGCCCUGUUAAAUACAUUCGUGAUAAUUCACCUAUUCAGACGUUUGUAAAACUGGCUGACAAGUAUAUCUGGGCUGAUAAUGUGAUGCCGAGGUUCCAUGUGAUGAAUCCACCUGACCUACGCGAUGCCGCUAAACGUUCUCGACUUAAUGAAGUCGUUUCUCGAUUAGAGCACACUAACUACUCGAUCGGAAGGGUGUCAACGAAUUUUUGGAUGUGGCAGUAUCAGCAGUACCUUAACGAUUUUCCAGACAUCGAUUAUCAGAAGGACUUCUACAAUAAGAAGUAUCUGAAGGACUUCUUCAGCCAAAUUGAUUAUUCACAAUAUCGGCCAAAUGUAAAAAUACUUGAUAAUGUUACAAAUGGCGAACCAUGCAUAUCGAUGUUUAUUUUUGAAACAUCUUUCUACGGUCUGGAUAGUUGGGAUAAGCGACAACGUGAACUUUUUAAAUGGAGAGCAAUCCUGGACGAGUAUCCUGAAUUUGACAUGUUCCUGGCUGGUAUUUUCAGUCCUUUCCUUAUCGACCAGCGUCAUACAAUUGCUCCGUCCUCAAUGCAAACGAUCGGCUCGGCACUGGCGAUGAUGGCGCUCAUUUCGUUCUUCUUUCUACCAGAUGCGCAAUCAGUUUUCCUAAUGACCUGGUCGUUGUUGUCCAUUUCUAUGGGUGUCUGUGGUGGAUUGGCGGUGCUUGGGUCCGAUCUGGACUCAGUUAGUAUGGGAUGUAUUGUGAUGGCUAUUGGUUUGGCUGUCGAUUAUUCAGUCCACAUUUGCUAUCGUUAUCAUCGCUCCGAAUUCAUGAAAUCCUCGGACAAGGUUCGCGAUACACUGUCCUCCGUGGGAUGGCCAAUUACACAAGCGGUUACAUCGACAUUGUUUGGCCUUAUUACAACCGCUUUUGUUCCCGCUUAUCUCGUUCGGGUUUUCUUCCAGACUGUCUACCUAGUCAACAUUAUUGGCCUGACUCAUGCACUUGUUUGGUUGCCGCAACUGGUUGCAGCACUCGAUCCGUGCGAGCGGGUUCCACUAAGGUUAAGAUUGAAAAGACACUAA